GAGCUGAGCACUAAAAAAAUCUUGCCGUCCGUUGCACCAAAUGCCUAGGGGGGAAUAUUCAACUAACUUAGAGACUUCAUGACAAACAAAGUAAACUAACUUGAUUGGAAGAUAGGUGGCAUAAAAAAAAUAAGAGUAUCAAACAAGGGCUUCAAAGUGUCAUCAAUCAGCUAUAUACAUAUAAUUCGGCAACAUUUUCUUUAGAGAUUUCCAAAAAACAAGAACAAAACAAAACUAUGCCGAAAUCAUGAACUAUAUUGGCCGAACACAAAACUUAAACCUUAGGCAUUUAAAUAGCUAGGACAGAUCCAUAAUCAUACUUCUUAUCAUUUCACACAAGAAAAAAAAUGGUUAAAACAUCAUUUUUCCACUUCUUUUUCCUAAGCUUGUUAGCUUUAGUUUUAGUACAUAGUUAUGAAGCUAAAAGCCUAAAGCCAAAUGGUCAUUAUUUCAGGCAAGACUUGGAAAAUACUACUACUACUACUACUACUUAUUAUCCACAACUUAGUAGGACUUCACCAGUGCAUGUUAGGCCUCAAAAUUUACUCAAAGAGAAUGACAAAAUUGAACAAUUACCUGGUCAACCUCAAGGUGUAGAUUUUAACCAGUACUCAGGGUAUGUUACAGUUGAUCCAACUGCUGGAAGAAAUUUGUUUUAUUAUUUCGUCGAGUCGCCUCAAGAUUCUGGUUCUAAGCCCCUUGUCUUAUGGCUCAAUGGAGGGCCAGGUUGUUCUUCACUUGGAGGGGGAGCAUUUGGAGAAGUUGGGCCAUUUAGAGUUAGCAAAGAUGGCAGUCUACAGAGGAAUCAAUUUUCAUGGAUUUCUGAGGCCAACAUAAUCUUUCUCGAAUCGCCUGCUGGUGUUGGAUUUUCAUAUACAAACACAAGCACGGACUACAAUUCUAGUGGAGACAGAACAACAGCUAUUGAUUCUUACACCUUUCUAGUGAAUUGGCUCGAACGAUUUCCAGAAUACAAAACAAGGGACUUUUACCUUACUGGAGAGAGCUACGCCGGGCAUUAUGUACCUCAACUCGCUCAGCUUAUACUUCUGCACAACAAUUACACAAAUCACACUAUUAUCAAUUUAAAAGGAAUCACUAUUGGCAAUGCCUAUGUUGACUUUGAAGCCAACAUGAAAGGAACAACAGAGUAUUACUGGUCUCAUGCACUAAUAUCAGAUGAAUUAUACUACAAAAUCACAUCAAGUUGUAAUUUUUCUACUCCAUCUUCUGCAUCCAAGAAAUGCAAACACCACUUGGACCAAAUCGACAAAGAAAUUGGAAAUAUCUUUCUAUACAACAUUUACGCGCCAUUGUGCAACAAUACAUCACCCUCAAAUACUACAACCUCAGAAGUUGAUCCUUGCAUGCCAGUUUAUAUUCAGUCCUAUUUUAGCAAACCAGAAGUUCAAAAGGCUAUCCAUGCAAACGUUACAAGUCUUCCCUAUCCAUGGCAAAGCUGCAAUAACACGCUUAAUCUCAGCUGGAAAGAUAGACCAUUGACAGUUUUGCCACUUGUACGUCAGUUGAUGAAGAGUGGCUUAAGAAUCUGGCUAUAUAGUGGUGACAUGGAUGUUGUAGUGCCAGUGACAGAUACGAGGUAUGCUAUAAAGAAGCUAAAGUUACCAAUCAGGACAGCCUGGUACCCUUGGUAUUUCCAGGAAGAGGUUGGUGGAUAUGUAGAGGAGUAUGAAAACUUGACAUUGGUGACAAUAAGAGGAGCAGGGCAUUUUGUUCCAACGUAUCAGCCAAGUCGUGCCCUUGCUUUCUUCUACUAUUUUCUUAGUGGAAAGCUUCCCCCUAAGGAGGAGUAGGCUACAAUAAAGUGUUCAUUUCUCCAUAACAGAAAAUAAAAAUGUCUGCAUUUAACGUUUUUGUGUUGUCUGUAUCAUUCAAGUAAAGCUAAUUAUAAUGGAAGACUUCAUAUUUGCUUUA